GCUAGCCAAGAUUGUUACUAAUUCUAUUCCGCAUGAUUCGACAUCCAAGAUUGUUGCCAAUUCUAUUUCACAUGAUUCGAGAAGUAAUUGGUUUGCCAUGUUAGUAGAGAAUACGGAGGAUGAUUUAGAUUUAUUGAAUUCAAAUAAAGAUCAUGAUAAUACACAGGCGGGAGUUUUGCCUCAGAAUCAAGACUUGGUGGGAUCCUCUGCAUCGAUGGACAUUGUUUCACCUAACCGGCCUCCUCCAUCCUCAACGGCUUUUGCUAAGCCCAAGCCCAAAAAGAGAAAGGCCAAAGUUGGGGGCCUAGUCCCUAAAGAUACUAAGCCUCCUACACCCAAGCCAUAUCAGCUUCCUUCAAUACUCAAGAAACAGCAAGAUCCAGCAGGUUUUUUGUCUACCACACCACCUAUGGAUUCUAGGUGUUCCAUGGCAGUUAAGUCUUGUAUGGCAAACUUUUUAGCUGUGAUCACUCCUCAAUAGCCUCCAUCUUCGAUGCUUGAUACUAGUCAAACCCAAAGGAUAAUAUUUUCAUAAGACUAUCAGUCAAACAUGGCUCAAUCACACUCGAUUGAGGCUACAUCGUCAAAUGCAGUUCAUACUCACACUCUUUUUAAAUGAAGAUUUUGACAUGGAAUAGUCAUGGUGUUAGACAUGGUCCUUUUAGGAGGGAAUGUAAAGAAUUACUUAAGAUGCAUAAACCAAACGUCAUUUGUUUCUUAGAAACAAAAGAAGAUGAAGACUCCUCAGACCUCUGUUUUAUGUUGUGUUUUGGCUUUGAUAAACAGUUUAAGGUUCC